ACCAUUGUUUCGCGCGCACUUUUGAAGCACGCGCAUCCCACAGCAGCCGAACACUCUCGGUCCAGAGGUCUUCAACUUGAACGGGCUCUGCAUACUUCACACACAACCGAAUCCGCGCCAGCCGCCCCACUCAUCAUGAGCUCAGCAGCCUCAGCCUUUCUCGCUGCCAGUGGCCACCCGCAAUUCAUCAUCAACUGGGUCUCUUUCUGGAUGGACCCGCGCACCGAGGCGUUCUUCGAGAGGUACCACUUCGACAUCGUCCUCGUGCAAGCAGCGAGCCUCGCCAUCACCGCCGUCCUGUCGCUCUACCUCGUCUACUCCUUCCCCACGCCAUGGAGGACCUACUUCAUCUUCUUCCCCCAGCUGCUCGGGUACACGCUCGCCGUGAAUCGGGCCGUCGCGGGCCAAACUGCCAUGCGCGUCGAUCCGUUGUGGGAAGUACAGCGGUCGCUGUGGAUAUUUUGCCAAAUGUUAACGUCCAUCCACCAAUGUCUAUUCAGCACGCCCGGGACUUCCAUCUCGCUGUGUCUGUGGCGCCUCCGGCAAAGUGCGACGAUAACAGUUGGCGGAUUGCUUGUCCAGGCAUUGUGUGUGCUUGCUUUGCGGCGCAUCGUCCCCGAACUGUGGAUACGGAGGGCAGCAGCAUUUCGGCAGCGAAGGCUGGUGGAGGCAGCCAGGUUUUCUUCGGGAAUUCGUCGUGCCUAA